UUAGCAGGAUGGCAGUGUUGGCGAGCGGUGAUUUUAAGCACCACUUUCAUGGUGGCGAUGACAGUAGCGACUCCUAACUUCACCGUGCCAAAGCGAGUAGCGAACAGGAUGGUACCUAGCUGGUGGUUCACAGCCAAGCGCGUUUGCUAUGGGGGAUACGAUUGUUCCCGCGAAGAAUGUUGUACUCGACCAAUGCUGUCUUCGAACUCUUAUUGCAUGCCCAUGAGGACGAGGGGGCAGGUGUGUAACACGAGGCCGCAGCUUCUCGACCCGGAAAACGAGCUUUACUUCAAUGACUGCCCGUGUCUCCCGAACUUCUCUUGUGCUACCCUAAAUCACAAGACGGCAGCAACUUGCGUUGAUACGAAAUCGUUGGAGGUUGACUUCAUGAAGUACAAGAAUUCCUUCCUGAAUAAUAAAUUCACAAGAUGAGCUAAAUGAGGCGGAGAACAGCAGGAGAGAAUGGGGAACAGUAUUGAUGUUACCGAUAUCAAUGAUAGUAGAAAAUAUUGUAAACGGCAAUAAAUUC